GUCACCGUCAGCGCCAACGUCUCCGGCGCGCACAGCCUGUGGGAGGCGGUCACCAUAGCAACCGUCUCCGCCGUGGUCAGCCUCAUCACCAUCGUCGGGAACGUUCUGGUGAUGCUGUCCUUCAAAGUGAACAGCCAGCUGAAGACGGUCAACAAUUAUUACCUGCUGAGCCUGGCCUGCGCUGACCUCAUCAUCGGCGUCUUCUCUAUGAACCUCUACACGUCGUACAUCCUCAUGGGCCGCUGGGCUCUGGGAAGUGUGGCCUGCGAUCUGUGGCUGGCUCUGGAUUACGUGGCCAGUAACGCAUCUGUGAUGAACCUGCUGGUCAUUAGUUUCGACCGGUACUUCUCCAUCACCAGGCCACUGACGUAUCGUGCCAAACGAACGCCGAAGCGAGCGGGAAUCAUGAUUGGAUUGGCUUGGCUCGUGUCUUUCGUCCUCUGGGCUCCGCCGAUCAUCUGCUGGCAGUAUUUCGUCGGAAAGCGAACGGUUCCUGAAGGACAGUGUCAGAUUCAGUUCUUCUCUGAACCCGUGAUCACUUUUGGCACGGCGAUAGCCGCCUUUUAUAUUCCCGUAUCCGUCAUGACCAUCCUCUACUGUCGGAUCUAUAAGGAAACCGAGCGGCGCACCAAAGAUCUAGCCGAGCUUCAAGGAGUCAACUCUUUGAACGAUUCAGAUGCAUUGAAUCAAAAGACUCAUUCGUGUUUCACCUCGAAAGAGACGUCCAAACCGGCUGAAGAGCAGCUGACCAACUUUAGCUACGCUUCAUCCGAAGACGAAGAGCGCUCGGCUUCUCCUUGCGUCUUCCAGACGGAAAGCAGAGAGGAGAAUUUCAGGACAAGUCCUGCUCGAAACAAAAAGUGCAUGUCUUACAAAUUCAAGAGCGCUAACGGAGACGAAAAGCCCUCUUCGUUCUCGUCGGCCGAGUCUGUGAACGCACCGUCUUCCUCCAAACCCGUCGACGGCACGCUGAAGAGCCAGAUCACUAAGAGGAAGAGGAUGGUUCUGAUCAAGGAGAAGAAGGCGGCACAGACUCUCAGCGCAAUCCUGCUGGCCUUCAUCCUCACCUGGACGCCGUACAACAUCAUGGUGCUGGUCUCCACCUUCUGCUCCGACUGCGUCCCGCUCUCGCUCUGGCAUCUGGGAUACUGGCUGUGUUACGUCAACAGCACCGUCAACCCCAUGUGCUACGCUCUCUGCAACAAGACCUUCCAGAAGACCUUCCGCAUGCUGCUGCUGUGCCGCUGGAGGAAGAAGCGGCCCGAGGAGAAGCUGUUCUGGUGCGGACCGAAGCCUGCCGCCGGAAACAGACUCUCCUGA